AUGUUGAUAUUUUUGACUCCGGUAGAAUGCAUUUACGAGCGUCCAGCACCAACGUACCGAAACAAGGCCUUUACAACACCCGAAGUGCGCGUACCGCAUCGCGAGCGACUGCAUCGCGUUCGGCGUCGAGCACUGACCCCAGUGCGGGUGCCUGGGGUUGUCGCAAUUGCCUCGGACGCCAACGAAGGAUCUACUCCUUCCGAUGAACCCUGGUGGCGAGAACGCGCGAGGUUAGUGGUAUCGAGACAGUCUCAGGCGACCGGAGACGCACCGACAAGUCGCCGGAGGUUUCUCCAAGCGCUCGUGCUGGCCUUGGUUGGUUUCGUUGCGGGUAGCCUUGGCAAAAGCGCUUCUUCAGGAAAAGCAGGGACGCAAGCGCAAGCAGUUACUUUGGCUCCGACACCUAUAAAUCCGUAUGCCCGCCGUCGUCAGAAGAAGCAGUACGAGAAAUACCUCGAGAUACAGAAAGCGCUCAUUGAGCGCAAUCGACUACGUCGCAAGUAUUCACGAAAGCCGCCUAUAGAUACGGAUGCGCUUCCGUAUUCCCUGUCAGCAUUGAGUGCCUUUGUGGCUUCAGCAAUCAGUACAUUCAUUGUACAUCCUAUUGACACGAUCAAGACGCGGCUGCAGAUGCGCGGAGCCUCGUGCCCGCUCCCGCCGAAUCAGCUGUACCGAGGCGUUGUGUCCAAUGUCUGGAAGGAGGCACCGAACGCAGCGAUCUACCUAGGCGUCUAUGAAGCCUUCAAGGAUAUAUUCUUGCGAACACCAGUUCUGGGAUCUUAUCCAAUGCUUUGCUUUCUGCUGGCCGGCGGGCUCGGGGAUGCCAUCGGUAGCGUCGUGCGGGUUCCGGCGGAGAUUCUGAACAAGCGUUUGCAACUCGGUCUGAGCGCGACGCUAAGUGAUGCAUGGCGCGAAGUGUUUUGCGAUCCAAACAACCGGGAGGUUGUGAAAGUCACCUGGAUGGCUGUGCUGGCGCGCGACGUUCCCUACGGUGCCUUGCAGAUCGCUUUCUAUGAGCAACUGAAAAUCCUGGUGUUGGUUCAUCAUGCAAUGGGAGCGCAGAGCGCGAAGGGGCUCUUUCUUGAUGCGUUACUGGGAGCGAUUGCGGGUUGUGCAGCCGCCUUCCUUACGACGCCAGCGGAUGUUAUCGUGACGAGGCUGGCGUCACAGUACCCCCAGUCGUACAUAGAUACACGGCGUUUUAUGGGCGUUUUGGGUACCGCACGGCGCAUCGUCGAGAUGGAUGGCUGGCGGGGCUUCUUCUCCGGAUCCCUUCAGCGAGCCGCCUACUAUGCGCCGCUGAUCGGCCUCUUCUUCUUCCUCUAUGAGACGUGUCGCUAUGUUGCGCUCCAUCCAGAGACGGUGUCGCAGCUUGUCACCUCAUACUUACCGUUAUAA